CAUAUGAACUAGUGUCGAGCACAGUGCUGAAGGAGCGUUUGGAGGCAGCAGUUCAUGGGACACCAGUGGAUGUUAUUUGACGGUUACCUGUACUUCAUGUGCAGCUGAUCUGCUGUGGCUCCCUGCAGAAGCCAGCUGGAAGAAAAGCACAGCUACUUCUAAAAGCCCUGUCUUUCUGGUGUCUGAUCUAAGACCCGUCAUAUCCUCACAGUGUCAUUCAAACAGGUGUCGACAUGCUGGAGCAGGUUCUGUCAUUCGGACGCUCCCUGGUGCGCAGGAAAGUGGUCGACCUGAGCAGCCUGGAGGACUCAAAGCUGUGCCGCUGCCUGGGAACCGUCGACCUCAUCGCCCUCGGGGUGGGCAGCACUCUGGGCGCCGGUGUCUACGUCCUGGCCGGCGAGGUGGCCAAGGGCGACUCAGGCCCCAGCAUUGUCAUCUCCUUCCUAAUUGCUGCCCUAGCCUCCGUCAUGGCUGGCCUGUGUUAUGCUGAGUUUGGGGCACGCGUCCCCAAGACCGGCUCUGCUUACCUUUAUAGCUACGUGACAGUAGGAGAGAUCUGGGCCUUCAUCACUGGUUGGAACCUCAUCCUCUCCUAUGUGAUUGGUACCUCCUCAGUUGCCAGGGCUUGGAGUGGCACGUUUGAUGAAAUGAUAGGAGGACACAUAGAGAUAUUCUGUAAAACCUACUUCAGCAUGAACUCUCCUGGUUUGGCUCAGUACCCUGACUUCUUUGCAGUCUGCCUCAUACUGCUGCUCUCUGGACUCCUGUCGUUUGGGGUGAAGGAGUCAGCCUGGGUCAACAAGUUCUUCACUUCAAUCAACGUGCUCGUGCUCUUGUUCGUCAUCGUCUCCGGCUUCGUCAAAGGAGACGCACAUAACUGGAAGAUAUCCGAAGAAUCCCUUAUAAAUGUCACCAUAGUUACGAGGAACUUGUCAGCGACGGCCAACGUGAGCAGCGAUUACGGAGCCGGAGGAUUUAUGCCUUACGGCUUCAGCGGGACCCUGGCUGGAGCCGCCACCUGCUUCUAUGCUUUUGUUGGAUUUGACUGCAUUGCAACGACAGGUGAGGAGGUAAAGAACCCUCAGAGAGCCAUUCCCAUCGGCAUCGUGGUGUCACUGACCGUGUGUUUCCUGGCGUACUUUGGCGUGUCAGCGGCGCUCACGCUGAUGAUGCCCUACUACCUGCUGGAUGAGAAGAGCCCUCUGCCCAUGGCCUUUGAAUAUGUGGGCUGGGGCCCUGCUAAAUAUGUGGUUGCUGCAGGUUCACUGUGUGCCCUCUCUACCAGUCUGCUGGGCUCCAUUUUCCCCAUGCCUCGUGUAAUCUAUGCUAUGGCAGAGGAUGGGGUGCUUUUCAAAGUCUUAGCCCGAAUCAAUCCUAAGACGAAGACCCCACUUAUUGCCACUAUGACCUCCGGUGUAGUAGCAGGUGAGAGCCGGGGAGAGUCAUCAUUCCUGCUAAUCUUUGUCCACCAAUCAACUGUGAAAGACACAGUCAAAGAUGCAGAUAAUCAUUUGGCUCUUUUCUUCCUGAAAUUGACCCACCCUUCACUUUCUGCUUUAAAUGAUCCAGUUGUAGGAGGUUUUCCCUCCAUAUGCAGAUGUUGUUCUUUCAUAGUUGUGCAGGUGUCAUGUUUUCUUUCCCAGAGUGCCCUCCACUUAACCAUGAACCGUCUUCUCCCUAGCCUUUUGGGCUCCAUGUUCCCUCUGCCGCGCAUUCUCUUUGCCAUGGCACGAGACGGUAUUCUGUUCAAAUUUAUGUCCAAAGUGAGUAAACGCCAGUCGCCUGUUGCUGCCACCAUGGCGGCAGGUACCACCGCGGCCAUCAUGGCUUUCCUGUUUGACCUCAAAGCGCUGGUUGACAUGAUGUCCAUUGGCACUCUGCUGGCCUACUCCCUGGUUGCUGUGUGUGUACUGAUUCUCAGGUACCAGCCCGAUGGAGCCCUAGAGCGGCGGGCAGGCGCCGGAGAGCGGGACUACCUGUCCUCUGAGGGGGGCGAGUCUGACCUGACAGAGUCGGAGUCCCACCUCAACAUGCUGAAGGGUGGCAGCUCCACCCUGCAGGCUGUCCUGCACCCUCCGGUCUCGCCCUCUGAGCAUUCCUCCAGCGUGGUCAACAUAUCCAUCUGCGUGCUCGUGCUGGCAGUGUGCGUGCUCAGCUAUCUCACCACGUACCACAUUGGCGCCAUCCUUCGUAUAGAAGUGUGGAUCCUGGCGUUGCUGUCCCUGUGUCUCCUCAUCUUCAGCGUCUGCGUCUUCAUGGUCUGCAGGCAGCCUCAGACCAGCAAGAAGGUCUCCUUCAUGGUUCCUCUUCUGCCUUUUCUGCCCAUUCUGAGCAUAUUUGUCAAUAUUUACCUCAUGGUUCAGCUGAGUGGAGAUACGUGGAUACGUUUCUCUGUGUGGAUGGCUGUGGGCUUCCUGAUCUACUUCGGCUACGGCAUGUGGCACAGUGUGGAGCGCCAGCGCCUACUCCAGGGCCCGUUAAACGGCAGCAGCGCCCAGGAGCACGGCAAGCCCAGCAGGGAGAAGCAGGUCGGCGUGGCUGCAGCAGAGAAAGACCAGGAGCCUUUCAUCUGCCCAGAAAAGACCAGCCAGUGUUGAAGUUUACCAGCUCAUUUACAGACUGCGUGAGGCGCCAGAUGCAUGAAAGCACACAGCAGCGCUGCCUUGAUGCGCCUGUUCAUACAGCUCCGCCACGUGUGCCUCAGUCACAAGUACAUUCAGUCUGCGAAGGCAGCAUCAGUAUUCAGCAUCAGUGGCCACAGGAUGCGGAGCCGCUCCGUCACUGAUGGAUCCACAUCCUGUAGGUCACUUUGCGUGUCAUGGACAGCAUUGGAGGCACAAUUGAGAGGACAGGUAACACACUGGAGAGUGAUGUUCAUUUCCUUUAACACUGAAGCAGUCAAGGCCAAGACUGCAGCAAAGCUGUUCUGUUUCAUUUUGAGUUCUUAGUGCGUGACUAAUUUUGUCUUUUCUGUUCAUU